GCUGAGGCGACGCCAUCGCGGCCCCGACGGGCGCGGAAGAACGCGGUGGUGGUGGCGGCGGCGAUUGCUGGGCUGCGAGCGCCGGGGGAGGGCCGCUGCUGCUGCUGCCGCCGCCGCUGCUACUGCUGCCGCCGCCGCCUCGUCGUCCUCCUCUUCCUCCUCCUCCUCCUCCGCCGUCGUCCUCUUCCUCCUCCUUCGCCGCCGCCGCUGCCGCCGCCAUUUUGUGAGAGUGCCUCGAGCGGGCGCCAUGUUUGUAAGGAAGAAAUAGGGCAGCCAUCUCCGGCCACCAGCACCUCCCUUCCCCGUGUGUGUGUCCUCUCGUUCUCCUGUGCCCCGGGCCUGCUCCUCCGAGCCGCCGCCGCUGCCGCCUCCUCCUCCUCCUGCCCGCGCGGGGCGGCCGGGCUCAGCCUGUGCAGCCUCGCCCUGCACUGAGUGCCCGUUAGUGUCUCACUAAGUAACCGUGAGUGAAACCUUCAUCCUCUCCUCACUGAAGGGACCCGACCCUCCUCCUCACCGAGCCGCCCCCAGAGCGGCUGUGCGCGCCGCCGCCACCUCCUCCUCCUCCCUCCGCACCACGGGCAGCGGCAGUGUCCUGCCUUCCUCCACCUCCCUCCUCCUCCUCCUCCUCACCACACCACAGCCAGCACAAUGGCCUUUGAAAGCCUGUUCUCCACCCCAAACCCAGUUCUUGACCCAAACAUGCCCGACUCUGACAGGCAACAUGCAGGGACGAAAGAAGAUGGGGAGCUGGAAGAUGGUGAAAUAGAUGAUGCAGCAUAUGAAGAUGUGAAAGAGCAUGGUUCAAAAGGUGAUGACAAACAGAAGAAUGAAAAAGGACAUCGAAAAUCCCGGAAGAAACGCAAAAAAGAAAAAGAAAAGAAAAAAUCCAAAAGGAGGAGACGGGAUAAGCAUAAGCAUAACUCCCCUUCCAGUGAUGACAGCUCAGACUACAGCCAUGACUCUGACAUUGAGCGUACAGAAAGACCACAUAAGAAGAGCAGCAGCUCUUCAUACAGAGAUUAUGAUUCCUCCUUCAGUCAGCAUGGACACGUAUCAGGAAAUUACAUGAGUUCACAGAAAAUGCAACAUAAAAAAAAUGUUAAAAGUAAGGAGUAUGACGACUAUAGUCAUUACAGUGAUGAAAACUUUGGUAAUUAUAACGAGGAAGAAAAGGAUGAAGAUUUUGCUGAUCAGCUUAAACAAUACAGGCAAGCUAAAGAGACCUCCAGUGCUGAUUUAGGACCUCCAUUCCCAAAAGAACCAGUGAAAAAGCAGGGGAUGAAAGGGCUCCAGAAAGGAAUUUCUCAGAGAGGAAAUAAUUACAACAUUGGUCGAGGACGUGGGAUGCAAAAGAAACUGAAACGUAAAGAUCGUGGAAGGGGCCGAGGGGGCAAUAAAGGAUCUGAUGGCUUUCAUGAGGAUGGCAAACCAGUGAAGAAAUGGGUUAAUAUGAGUCAGGAGUUCAUAAAUCAGCACACGGUGGAACACAAAGGCAAACAAAUUUGUAAAUAUUUCCUUGAAGGGAGAUGUAUUAAGGGAGAGCAGUGUAAAUUUGAUCAUGAUGCAGAGAUUGAGAAGAAAAAGGAAAUCUGCAAGUUUUACAUACAGGGUUACUGCACCAAAGGAGAGAACUGCAUUUAUUUGCACAAUGAAUUCCCUUGCAAGUUCUACCAUACAGGAGCAAAAUGCUAUCAAGGAGAUAAGUGCAAGUUUUCUCACGCUCCCCUGACUGCAGAAACAAAAGAGCUGUUGGAUAAGGUUCUGAAUAACGAGGAGGAACCCCAAAAUGAAGAUGAGAAAGAACUGGAGGAACUCAGAAAGCGUGGCAUAGUUCCUCUGCCAAAGCCACCACCAGGUGUUGGACUGCUGCCCACCCCCCCAGAGCAGUAUCCAUUUUCUGAGUCUGACCUGGAAAAUUACCAAGAUCCUUCAGGAGACUACAAGAAAAUCCCAUCUCUCUUUGAGAUAGUUGUGAAACCUACUGUGGACUUAGCACACAAGAUUGGAAAAAAGCCUCCCACCUUCUACAACAGUGGAUCACCCCCCAGACCACCCUUCCAAGGCAACGACCCCCACUCUCAGCAUAUGUACAACCCGGGUUCAAGCCCAGGACCAGGACCUGGCAUGUCCCAAGGACACAACGGGCCCCCAAUGCACCCAGGCUCCCCUGGCCACCACCCCUGUGGGGGCCCUCCAGGGCCGGGCAUGCCGCAGAGCCCCCCCAUGCAGGGGGUGCCCCCAGGCUUCCUCGGGCCCCAGAACCAGACUGGUAUGCCUAUGCAAGGACAGCAGGGGGGCCCACCCCUCACACCCCCGGGGAUGGGGGGCUCCUACAAUGCCCCAGGAGUCCAAGGACACAUGGUGAACAUGCCCAGAGAGAAUCAUUGUCCUCCAGGGCCACAGUACCAGCAGAUGCCUGGUGAGCGGCAGCCCAACAUGAACUAUGAGCCCAUUCAGAACCCUGCUGAUUUCUAUGACAAUUACUACUCUCAUCAAGCUGUACAUAACUUCCAGCCAGCUAAUAACUCUGGUGAUGGAACAUGGCAUGGAGAAUUUACAGACCACCAGGCUCACCUCAUGGCUCAAGAGCCUCACCCUGGUGGAGGUGACUCGGACUCCAUGGGCAGCCACAUGGGCCAUAAACCACCCCUCAAUGUACCAGAUUUUCUCCCAGCAAUGCAGAAGGCCCUUUAUGCCAGACUUAGCCAAAAGCAUCAAAGAGAUGGAGACUCUGUCAGCAGCCAGGGGCAGAGGGCAAUGAGCAAAGACGAAGAUGACAAUGUCAACUGGUACUCCAGCAGUGAGGAGGAGGAGGGGAGCAGCGUGAAAUCCAUACUGAAAACCUUAAAGAAACAGAGCGAGAACUUCAGGAAUCGACAGCAACAUUCCACAGAGCAGCACAUGCUGGGGAUCCCCACGGAUCCCAGGCUGGCAAAGGAAAAGGGGCCCGGGCCUCAGGCCUCUGACCCCAGACUUCGGGCCUCCCCCAGGUCCAACCCCAGAAAACCUUCGGAACCGGCGCCCCUGGACCCGCGGCUGGCGCGGGACCCCAGGAUGCACAAGGUCGGUGAGGGUGCUCACCCCGGCUCCUCCCUGGGAGGGCCAAAGCUGGAGCUGCACCACCCCCACGGGGGGGUGAAAGUCAAGCAGAAAGGGAUGGAUGAGGAUGAAGAGGACUCGGAACGAGAGCUGAGGGAACGAGCUUUCCUCAUCCCCCUGGAGCCCUUGCCCGGCGUGACGUUACGGGACCCCCGCUCUCAGCUGAGGCAGUUCAGCCACAUUAAGAUGGACGUCACCCUGAUGAAACCAAACUUUGCCAAGCACAUUGUCUGGGCACCCGAAGACCUGCUCCCCAUCCCUCUGCCUAAACCCGACCCCGUCUCCUCCAUCAAUUUACCUCUCCCUCCUCUCAUCGCCGACCAGAGACUCAAUAAACUGCGGAACCUGAAGAGUGACCCCCACCCCGGCCCCGUGCCCGCCGACCCCCGCCUGGCUGCCAAGGUGAAGAACAACCUCACAGCCAGGAACACCUACCUGGAGCCCUCCCAGGAUUCCCACGCCAGCAGCUCCAGCAAACUGGGAGACCCUCGCUUACAAAAAAACGUCGACCCCAGGCUCCACAGACUCUCGGGUGCUGCAGACACACACCACGGAGUGGCCAAGGAUUCCCACCCUCCCAAAUUCGACCCUCGCCUCGCCAGACCCAGCCCCAGCUCCUCACAGCCCUCGGAAGCGGCGGCAGCUAAACCCGACCCGGAUGCUCUGCCUCCCUACGCCCCCAAAUUGUCAUCCAGCGGGGUGAGGCUGGGAGCUCCGGGCUCCAUCCUGAGCGGGAUCAGCCUGUAUGAUCCCAGGGAUCACAGCUCAGCCUCGGACACGGCUCCAGCAGGCUCGGGAGAGAACGGGGAGAACCAGAAAAAAAGCAUUCUGAAAAACGCCGCUAAAAGCGAAGCGGCUCCCCCCGAAGAGCCCUCCCUGCAGAAAGCUGCCUCCAGCACGGAGAAAUCCACGGAAGGGUCGGGGGAAGCUGCUGCAGAGAAAGGCACGGGCAGCAGCAAAGCUCAGGCCAAACACUCCAGCACUGCCCCGGCCGUGCACAACCUCCCCAUCCAGGCUCUGUCGGGGUUGAUCAGACCGCAGUACAGUGACCCCAGGCAGGUGAGGCAGCCCGGGCAGGGGACUCAGCCCCAGGAGAACGAUCCCAACAACGGGGGGGAGUCAGAUGACAAGUCCUUAAAAGAUGUUUUCAAGACUUUUGACCCCACCGCUUCACCGUUUUGUUAGCAAUUGAUUUUAAGUCCUUUUUACUGUUGUGAAUAUUGCAGUUCUCUGCUGGUUUUGUAACUGGUUUACCUCUUCGCUUUAUUUAUUUUUAAAUUAUAAUUAUCAACACUUUUCAGCUGCUAAUCUCAGAACCACAUGCAGUUAUACAGUACGCUCUAGUGUUUGCAAAGCUGUGGUAUUUUCUAUAUAAUACUUUUCCAGUUUCAGGGAGACUAAUAAUUGACAUGUAGAAAAAACAAAACGAAACAACCCCCCCCCACCCACCCCCCCUGUAUCGUGUUAGAGCUGAUAAAAGCACUUUCAUUGUAAAUAAGUCAUUAAGGAAAGUCCCCAGACUUGUAUAUGUGUGAGCUGUCUCUUUCAUAAACGACAUUUAGAUAUGAUUGCCACAUUUGUAUGAUUGUAUAGAUCCAAGCAAUAUUAUGUACAUUAUUACUGUGAGAGACACUGUUUGACAAGGAUCACCCGAUGCAUCAAGCCAAACUGAUUCACAGCCCACGGGAAUGAUGUGGAAGGAACAGCUCUGAUCCUCCUUUUCAGAUCAGCUGAUGUGAGACCUUGACAGUUUUUACUCAUGCAGUCGAUAUUCUUAGUGUAAAAGAGACCUAUAUCACAUAUUGAGGAUUAAAAAUGUCAUAUCUUUUAAAAGUAUUUUAUUCUAUGCUGUAUAUAGAAGAAAUUGUGAAGUACAUACCUAGAAGAAAGUUCCUGUUAAAAGUGGAGAAUUACCUAAGUUGUCUAAUACAGAAAAGGUUUUUAUUUAAUUUUUUUUCCACGCAUACACAAUUCUGAUUAGUGCUCUAAGUUACAUUGUGGUGUUCAUGUAUUUCAAUGUAUUUUUGUAUUCAGCUGCUUAAUUUGUAUUGCUUUUUUUGUAUUGAUGUAACUGCAGUACUUGUAUUCAUGGUGUCUUUACGACAUUUUUAACAAAAGAAUUAAAAAGGGUACAGCAAAA